GACAGCAUCAUCAACAACAACAAGCGAAGGAAAAAGGACGAAGGCGGCAGAAGAAGAGAAAACAAGGGGAGCUGAUAGACGAAAAAGUGCGGCCCACGAUGACAGAGACGUUCUCGAAUGACUUCAAAACCGAAGUACUACAACCGAAGUACGAGCAGAACUUUGGAGCUUCGUACCAACCUCAUGUGUCGUACCACUAUAACCCAGCGGUAUCGCAGUACCACUAUGGAGUACGCCAUCCGAUGAAGCCCUUCAGACUCAUGCUCACGGACCAUUUGGUGAUUGCGUAUAAGCUCUACGAGAAGAUGGACCUGUACACGCCCAGGGCUGCGACGAAGGAGGAGAUUCUGGAAUUCCAUUCUGAGGAUUACAUCGACUUCUUACAGCGAGUGACGCCGGAGACACUGAACAAGUUUUCGAGCGAGCUGAAGAGGUUCAACAUUGGUGAUGACUGUCCUGUGUUUGACGGUGUGUACGACUACAGCUCGAUAUAUGCUGGUGCGUCGUUAGAUGCCACAGAGAAGCUACUGAGCGGAGCAAGCGAUAUUGCGAUCAACUGGUCUGGUGGACUUCACCAUGCGAAGAAGUACGAGCCCUCUGGGUUCUGCUACGUCAACGAUAUCGUCCUAUCAAUAUUGAAUCUCUUGAGAUACCAUCCAAGAGUGUUAUACAUCGACAUCGACUUACACCACGGCGAUGGUGUUCAAGAAGCCUUUAACACGACCGACAGGGUGAUGACUGUGAGCUUCCACAAGUACAAUGGACUUUUCUUCCCAGGUACUGGCUACUUGGAUGAGAAUGGGAUAGGGAAAGGGAAAAACUACGCUAUAAAUGUUCCCUUGAACGACGGGAUAGACGAUGACAGUUAUAUACGGUUGUUCAAAAGCGUUAUGGACCCAGUGAUUACAACGUUCAAACCAACGGUGAUUGUACAACAGUGUGGUGCAGAUUCCUUGGGAGGUGAUAGGCUGGGUUGUUUCAACUUGAAUAUAAGAGCCCAUGGUGAAUGUGUCAAAUUCAUCAAAAGUUUUGGUAUUCCAAUGCUAGUUGUCGGUGGUGGUGGCUAUACUCCAAGAAACGUCUCGAGAUUGUGGUGUUACGAAACUAGUAUCAUGACGGAUGUAACGUUGGAGUCAAAGUUACCCAUGGAACUACCCUUCAGGAAUUUCUUCAAUCCAGACUGUUCCUUGCAUCCUAAUCUAGGAGAUAAAUUGGACAACAAGAACUCGAGGAAGUACUUGGAUAACGUACGUAUAAAGAUCCUCGAACAGUUGAGAAACUUGAAUGGUGCUCCAAGUGUUCAGAUGAACGAAAUACCACCAGAUUUCAAAAAAUUGACAGCAGAAGAGGCUGCUGAAUUGGAUGCCCUCAACAAUGAGGAAAGAGAUUCGAUGGUGGAUGCGAAGGAUGAAGCAAGACCUGGAGAAUUGGUUGAAUGAUACCUGCUGUGUAAAUAUAUGCAUUUUUUUUUUCGUAAUGAAUAUCAACUUAAUGAUGAAUCACUGGCUUAACUUAGAGGAUUAACUGAUUUACAUAUACUAACAUUUCAUAGAUGAACGUGUUCCACUGAUUUAGUUAUACAACGUCAUAAUUGAAUAUCAACUUCCAGUAGCAUACAGCAGCCAUAGCUAACAAGAAAUAAGAAAAGAAUUGAAAAAAAAAAAUCAAUAG